AUGGCCUGGCCAUUGACUGGAUUGAUGGCCCUGCCUGUGCUGACCAUCAUGGCAUCCUGCUCUCUGGCCUGCACCCUGCCUCUGACCUAUAUGCAGGGGAACACAACAGCCUUGAGUCUUCUGGAACAAAUGAGGAGAACCUUCGCUUUCUCCUGCCUGAAGCACAGACAGGACUUUGGCUUGGCCCUGUUGGACUUUGAUGGCAAGCAGGUCCAGAAAAUUCAGGCUCUCUCUGUCCUUCAUGAGAUGACCACGCAGACCCUAAUCCUCUUCUCAUCACACAACUCACAUGCUGCCUGGAACCAGAGUCUCCGUAGAACCUUCUGCGAUGCCCUCCGUGAUCAGAUGAAUGACCUGAAGGCCUGCCUGACCAAGGAGACAGGGCUGGAAAACCCUUCCCUGUGGCAUGAGGACUCCAGAAAUGCUGUGAAGAAAUACUUCCAUGGGAUCACUGACUACCUGAAGGAGAAGAGCUACAGCCCUUGUGCCUGGGAGGUGGUCAGAGCAGAAUUCUUCAGAUCCUUCUCUUCCUCAGAAGAACUGUUGAGAAAGAUGCAGGACUGA